UUCCGUUCCCAUUCUUAUCACAUUGCAAAAUCAGUGGAUCAGUGGAUUAGUAUCGUGAUAAUUUUAGGUAGCCUGAUUUCGCUUUGUAGGUGAUAACGUAGUGAAAGGUGUCGUUUUUCUUCGUUUGCCUGUGAAUCGGAUACGAAAUUUGUUGGCCACAAAAAUUAGGUCUUCGGUCUGGAGUGUAUCGUAAACAAAGGAUCCGCACAGCAGCAGCUGAUCUCUAACUUGAUCGCGGAACAAGAACGGGUGAACAAUGAAUCAGUAGUGGAAGGGGAAGGAAUCAAAUAUGUCUGCAGGAAUUUCCGUCUACAGUGAACUGAGUGACGCAAGUCGACUGUCGGUGUUGGUCAGUGGAGAUCUGGAACAUCCGCUCACAUAUGGAAUCAAGUUAAAGGGUUGCGGAGAGUACUACCUGCUGCUGACGGUGGAUGGAAAACUGUUUCUUGGGGAGCACCGACUCCGGGACAAGGCAAUUGAAUUCCGGUUUCUGAGAGAUGAUGUUGCUGAUUUCGAUACGGAAGGGAAUUGGGUUUACUUGGUGAGCAAGUUGGAAGGGAAAGUGUACCAGGGAAAGAAUGGUUCGUUCGAGCUAUGGAGCCAGCUGUUCGAAGAUAGUGAGAUAAGGUUCGAGAAAAUUUGCUGCAAUAACAAUGGACUGCUCGUGACUAGUUCGAGCGGAGAUGAGUUGUACGCUCAGGGGGAUUUUGGAAGUUUGCUGAAUUAUGAGGAGCUGGCUCCUGUGAAAGAGAUCACUUCGGAAAAUGUGGUUCAGAUUACCGCCGGGAUCGAUUUUGUUAUAUUGUCUAGUAGGAAAACGGCAAAAGUGAUAGUCGACGUCAAGAAGGAUCCAUUUUAUGAUCGCUACUGUUUGCAAGAAGACGGACGAUAUACGGAUUGGAAAAAUAUCUAUAGGGAUUUGAACGUUAGCUUCGAGCGGACUCCGGUUGACAGUGAUAUCAUUAAUAAUGUGAAUGUGGACUCGGUCACCGUUUAUGGACAAAUGAUACACGAAACUGGAGUCGCCAGCUUUGGAAAGGUCAACAAAGGUCAACUCGGUACCGGCGAUCACAUCCGGAGGGACAAAAUCGUCCACCUGAAGCUGUUCAAUGUUUCGAAGAUUGCCACCUGCUGUGACUACUCAUCGGCCCUGACGCUCGAUGGCAAUUUGUUCCUCUGGGGUGACACCCACAAGAAUCAAGCUUCCCUGGACAGCAGCCUCUCGUUGAGCAGUGCCAGCACUCCCACUUUGUUCAACCGGUUCCUGCACAUUCUGGACGUAGCUUGCGGGAACUACCAGACCUACAUUGUGACAAACGAUUUGCGAAUUCAUGACGUACGAAUGGACGAAGAAAGCUUAAAUUACGAAUGUGCAGAUAGAAAGCAACAGCUAGAAAUACCCAACUGGAUUGCCCCGGACGAAUUGCCUCUGAUAUUGGCAACCGAUAGUCUUAUCAUCGUGAAUCACCUCCCGCUGAACAAAGAACUGAUACGAGUCUAUACCAAGGAGCAAACAACGACUCAAAAAUUGCUGAAACAUUUCAAAGAAUACGACAUCACUCGAAUAUUGAGGAACCCCUCGAAUAUCCUAGCACCGCACUUCUUCUACCGUUCCUGCACGAGACUAUUCUAUCUUUUACUGCUUAAUUUGAAAUCUCUGUACAAAUGUGCUCUGGAUAACGAUCUCACCAAAAUUGUAUCGCUACUGAUGCACGAAGAGGUACAUUUCCUGUACAGGCAGAUCGUAAAAUGCUACUGCGAUAGCGACUGCCUCGGACUGAUGCACGAGUCGGAACAGAAGCUGCUCCAAAUCUACCUAGAUAACGUUAAAAAUUUCAUCGAACUGAUCGAAGUUCUAGUCAAUGCAAACAAAUCGCUCAGUGAGGAGGUGGAAAAUCGACUGCUCAACAUCAAAAGCGAGUGGCUCAGAUUCCUGAACGAAGAGGUUAGUGAAGAAAUGGGCAAGUUUACCAAAACAACCAAAGAAUUUUGGCUGAACGAGGAAAACUUCCGAUGGUACGCCCUCAGGGAAUGCCACCGGAGGGUGAUACUGGAUUCGACAGAUGUGCCAUUGAAACUGCUGGAGGUGAACAUAUUCUCUUCGUCUCCGCGGAUCGUCCUGUUUUCCGACGUUCUGUGCUAUCUUUCCGGGAUGCAACUCGUCGAGUACCCGCUGGAGCUGAUUUGGAUCUCGGCGGAGAUCAAAGAAACGCUGAAAAACAAGCAUCGGGAUAAACUGCGCUUCAUGAUAAACAUAAUUGCUCCGGAGGAAAGUUUACGUUGCUAUACGAUGAAUUCGGCGGACAAGGGGGUUUGGCUGAAUACGCUCAAGGCACACGUGAUGCGAAACCUGAAGAAGGAACCGUCGGCAAAGCAACCGAUGUAUCGAUACAGCUCGUAUCGGUUCACUGAGAAACAUGCCAAGUACGGUGGAAUGGAGUACAACGGAAUUUGGAAGGUCGGGCAGAUCGAUGGCAUUGGGGAACUGAAGGGAAAGGAACGAUCGUACAAAGGAGAAUUUUACCAUGGGGACAUUACCGGUUACGGUUGCAUGAAUCGAACGCUUUACGGAAUCGGAACGGUGUAUGAAGGCGACUUCUACGACGGUAAGUACAACGGCUUCGGGAAGCUCAAAUCCUCCAACACAAGCGCAUCGCAGUACUUCAAAUAUCAUGGAUACUUCAAGGACGACAGGUACAGCGGCUACGGUACCUUGAUAACCAGUGCAUAUCAGUACAAUGGCAACUUUGUCAAUGAUCUCAAGGAAGGUUUCGGGGUGAUCGAGGAUAGUCUGAAUGGGGUAAAGUACAUUGGGAUGUUUGCCAACGAUAAAAAGUAUGGCAACGGGAUUCUGAUAACGACCAACGGGACUUACUAUGCGGGACUGUUCGCCAACGAUGUACUGUCCAACUCCGCUGGCGGAUUGGCAAUUUUUCCGAGUGGAAUCUAUUAUAAGGGCGAACUGACGAUCGACGGUCCGAAUGGGAAGGGCGUUUUCUACUAUCCGGAGAGGGAGAUUGAAUCGGAGUCGUUCGAACUGGACGAUACCAAUACAAAGAUGAGUGGACAUACAAUGACGGGAACGUUCGCCGGCACGUGGGAUAAUGUUAGAAUAUCCAAUGGGAGCAUGGCCAUGAAUCAACGGUUCAACAAGGUGCCGAUGUUGGAUCUAAAAAUCAACGCCGAGCGGAAAUGGGCUUCCAUCUUUACCUGCUUCCAUCAGUCGGUGUUUGACACUAGUGAUAUUAGUAAAAUGCGUUCCAUGGACGUCAAGAGAAUUUGGAACAAAAUAGCCAUUUAUAUUACCCGGGCAAAACGGAAAGAGCAAAUAAAGACGAAUAAUUUCGAAACGAAACUGGUUGAAUUCGAUGACCAAUCGGCAGCACAAAUCUGCCAGAAUGGUUUCCGGUUAACCAAUCUUUCUGCUACUUCAUUGAGGUCGAGCAUUUCUGAUUCCAAACUUUCGCUCAAUGCUAACGGAACGGCUAAUGGAACAGCCGACUCCCUGGCAGCAUUGGACAACAUCUCCAUGCGAAGUUUUUCAUCGAUUGUAUCCAGGGAAUACGAUGACGAUUUCAUGUUAAAUCCAUCCGGCGGUCAGAGUCGAACUUCACCGUUUCGUGAUCUGGAAAUCAUUCCGGACUUCUGUAUCUCCUCAGUCGACAAGCAAGGCCUGGAGCUGCUUCGGGACUACCUCAGCGAAGCCUUCCGUAACCAGUAUCAUCCGUUGCAUCAACUGUUUGAAAAGCUGUCGAACUGUUUCUACUCAACCUACAGCUGCUGGAAGUUUACGCCGAAUUCGAUCCUCUGCGAGCCGGCCAUGAACGAGUGGAUCUCGGUUGUAAGCCGGAUCUAUACCCUCGUGAUUACGGUAAUGUUUCCAGCGCUGCCGAAGGAUUCCACCAUCGUAGAUGGGGAACUACUAUCAUAUCAAACUCUACUGUAUCCAAUUUUAAUGACUCAGGGAAUCUAUUCGGCAUUGUUCGUACUGUAUGCGAGUAAAUGUAGUAAAAACGACGAAAUCUACCGUCAAAGGAUAUUGAUCUGCGAAAAGAAGACGGAUGAGAAUCUGAUUCAACUCUUGGAUAUUGAUAGGGUCCUCAUUCCGAUCAUUCAAAGUUCGCGCUACCAGGAAGCAAUAGAGAGUUUGAACCGCUUCAAGGAAAAGUGCUGUCCAAGCGAAAUGAUGAAACAUAUCAACGAGGCUUUCGAACUGGUCAAUGCUGCUAGUAAAGAAUAUGAUACCACCUUCCACAUAGCCGCCGACAGUCUGCUGGAACUAGUCAUCCUGCUCAUCAUCAAGGCCAACAUACCUCAGCUGGGGGCGGAAAUAAGCCUGCUGGAAGACCUGAUGCAGAACGACGCAUCCGCCGGCGAUUACCACAGCAGCACCCAGAACGACUACUGUCUUACCACUUUGAAGGCUUCCUACCAGCAUAUCAUUAGCGAUAACUUCUUUGUCAACAAAAUCUUCGACGGUGAGAGUUCUUAGAAAUGGCGACGCUUAGGCAGGUCAACGUCAGCUCUGUGAUCUGAGAAUCAUUCCCCGGAUGGUAGUGAAUUUUCAGUUUUGUGCUUGCUCAUUUUUUUAAGUCGACAGUUAGUUUUAUCCGAGGAAAUCCAAAAGCAAUCACGGUUUAGAAAAAUAUGUAGUGCUUCUUGGAAUAUAUAAUUGUUUUGUCAGUGCAGCAUUAAGCAAUAUAGUUAGGUACUGAUGAUUCUUGUUAAAUGUUUGUAGUUUAUGGUUCAUGCUUUGUAUGUUUUGUGAGCAUUUAAAAAUAUGCAAAUAAAAGCUAUAAGCGAAUGAUUGGCAAUAUCAGUAUAUCAGUACUAGUAUAGAGAA